AUGGUGGUGUGCUACCCCUCUCGACAUGGAAUUGCUUCGACACUAUAUAUCGUGUUCCGCCGACCUGAUAUUGCUCUGACACGACGUAUCGACGUCCGGCGAGCGGGAUUGGACCUCUGGUCUUCAGAUUUUGCCUUGACACGACGUAUCGCCGUCCGCCGAGCAGGCGUUGUUAGCUGUGUGCCCGUUGAGAUUUACCUUGAGACCAUAUAUCGACGUCCGACGAGCAGGAUGGGGCAUCUGCACGAGUGCUUUGACACGAUAGUUGAAAUUUAUUACAAGCAAAAACCCUCGACGCUAUGUAUUUCCGUCCGUCGAGCGAGAUUCGGAAUGUUGGCAUGA